CGAGAGCCCCAUACUCAAAUCCAUCACACUAACAAUUUAUAGAAAUUCAAUAGUUCCUCGGUUUCAUCCCUCUAUCUUGAACUGUAGAAGAUAGAAAAAUUCCUGACGAAUUGAAAUGGUUCUAGGCGAGUUGAAUAUGGGAGGUAGCCGGAAAGCGAUGGUGAGCUUCUUCAUCCACGUUCUCACCGGCCGGUGGUUCAUGGUUUUCGCGUCCCUUCUGAUCGAGGCCAUGGCCGGCUCAACCUUCAUGUUCGGCCUCUACUCCAGGGAGAUGAAGUCAUCACUCGGAUACGACCAGACAACCUUAAACUUGGUCAGUUUCUUCAAAGACUUGGGAGCCAACGUGGGAAUCAUCUCCGGCCUCAUAAACGAGGUCACUCCGCCGUGGGUGGUUCUCCUCGCCGGAGCACUCAUGAACUUCUCCGGCUACUUCAUGAUAUGGCUGGCCGUGACAGGGCACGUGGCCAAGCCGAAGGUGUGGCAGAUGUGUCUGUACAUAUGCAUCGGAGCCAAUUCCCAGACUUUCGCAAACACAGGGGCUUUGGUCACGUGCGUGAAGAGCUUCCCGGAAAGCAGGGGAGUGGUUUUGGGACUGCUGAAAGGGUUCGUCGGUCUCAGCGGCGCAAUCAUCACCCAAUUAUACCACGCUUUCUACGGCAGUAACGACGGAAAGUCUCUGAUUCUGCUCAUCGGAUGGUUACCGGCGGCUGCCUCGUUCAUUUUUCUCCGGACGAUCCGUGAUAUGAAGCCGGUUCGUCAAUCCAACGAGACCCAGAUCUUCUACAAGCUUCUCUUCAUAUCGCUCGGCUUAGCCGGGUUUUUAAUGGCCAUAAUCAUCGCACAGAACAGAGUGGCGUUUACCCGGCCGUUGUACGCCGGGAGUGGCACCGUCGUUCUCAUUUUACUCUAUUCCCCUCUGUUUCUCGUGUUCAAGGAAGAGUUCACUCUUUGGGAAACCAAACAGCGGGAUUUAAGAAACGAAUCUUCUCAAGGAGUGAAGAUUGAAAUGAGUAAACAACCGCUGGCGACGGCGGUGGUGGCAGAGGACAGGGGGAUGAGUUCUUGUUUCAAGAACGUGUUCCGACCGCCGCCGAGAGGAGAGGACUACACUAUUCUGCAAGCACUAUUCAGCAUCGACAUGAUCGCUCUGUUCACCGCGACGACGUUCGGCAUCGGAGGGACGUUGACCGCCAUCGACAACCUCGCCCAGAUAGGGAAGGCUCAGGGGUACGCGGCGGAGACAAUCACGACGUUCGUGUCACUGGUGAGCAUAUGGAACUACCUAGGACGAGUGGUCGCCGGAUUCUUGUCGGAAAUCUUCUUAACCAAAUACAAAUUCCCCCGCCCGCUGAUGCUCACGGCGGUUCUCCUCCUCUCCUGCGCCGGCCACCUCCUAAUUGCCUACGGCGUACCGAACUCUCUCUACAUCGCCUCCAUCAUGAUGGGUUUUUGCUUCGGGGCUCAAUGGCCGUUGAUCUUCGCCAUCAUAUCUGAAAUCUUCGGCCUGAAGUACUAUUCGACUCUGUACAAUUUGGGAAGCGGGGCCAGCCCCGUCGGGGCGUACCUGCUCAACGUCCGAGUAGCUGGACAUUUGUACGACAAAGAGGCUAAGAGGCAGCUCAGAGCUGCUGAGGGUCUUGCCGGCGCCGGACUGGAGGACGGCCGGGAGUUGACUUGCAUUGGGGUGGAGUGUUAUAAAAAGGCUUUUCUAGUGAUCACUGCAGCUACAGCUGUGAGCGUGGUGGUAUCUUCCAUACUGGUGAUUAGGACAAGAAAGUUCUACCAGGGUGACAUAUACAAGAAGUUCAAAGAGCAAGCUGAGGCGGCCACCAUGGCGCUGGAGAUGGAGGAAACUGUCGUCACAAACGAGGCAGGGAAGGCAUAAGCAGAGUAGGGCAAAGUAGGAAG